AGUGGGAGAGGACCAGCAAUAUGGACAGAAAGAGAGGAGGGGUGGACUGGAUGGAGGGAUUCACCGGGCUGCCCACUGUAACUUCAUCAUCGGUGGUUUCUUACAGGAAAGUGGGAGAGAGGAGAGAGAGAGACGGAAGGAGAGUGGGGUGAACAAGUUGAAAGCGAUAGCAGCCCCCAGUAUUGACAUUGGAAAGACAGUGAGAGGGAGAGAGAGAGAGAGAGAGAGUGAAAGAAAGAAAGAGCAAGAAAGAGAGAGCAGAAGAGGAGAGAAGGGAAGACGCCUGGCGGUAAGGGAAGGGCGGUGCUCGCUCUUCAGUCCAUUGGAUCUCUCUCAGCCCUACACGGACCCAAUCCUUUGGACCACUCUGUGGUCACUACCUGGUCUAAACUGGACUGGAAAUAUUGGACCAAACAAGGCCUGGACCAUAUUAGCCUGAAUCAGAUCAUACCUGGAUUGAACCAAACCAGAUCUGGACCGGAUUCGAUUGAACUGGACUGGACUAUCUGUUACUGAGAGAAAUAGGGAGGAAUGGUUGGAAAAAAGAGAAAUAAGUGUGAAGAUUGUUCGUAGUGCCUUAGAAAGUGGUGACUACAGAUCUUUCAGUAUCUGUCAGGUCUGUCAGUUAUAGUAUUGAUUAUAUGGUGGAUUGAUUGAUCGAUUAAUUGAUUUGCUAACAGAUCUAUACAUAUAAUAUGACAAGAUCUAAAAUAAGGAAGGGAAAGGCCUCUAUUUAGGCACGUUGGUUUUAUGUUUCAUUCACAGAGUGGGAAUAGUUUAAGUUCAGAGAAUCCGUGUCUUUAAGUUGGUUGUUCUUAUAUUUCUGUUGAUAUCGUGGGAAAGAUGAGAUGAUCACAGUGAAGUGAUUUCACUCUCACCACUUCCCUUCUACACACUUUCCUGUGUCAGCAAGUCAGUAAUCAGAUUCACUUCAAUGAUUCAGAGUUUUAAGACACAUCAUAAACUGGACAUCACAUGGAUACAGCUGAUUGAUGGGAAUUGUCUAAUUCCUAAAUGUGUUUUUAUCCAGAGAUCAUUGUCCAACAAAUGACAACUCCUAUGAUGAUUGAUGUUUACUCUUUGGACUGUAAAGCUGUGUAGUGAUGCUCUAUCAACUGGCUAUAUUUCUGGAUCUUUGAGAACGACUCUGGAAGAAUGACUUCAACUUUAACUUUAGAUCCCUCCUCACCAUCAAAAUAGGCGACCUUUGACUAAACCUCUAUUUUCCCACGCAUCAGAUCUGAAGAGGGCUUUUUUCUGUGUCUACCCACUUUUGGAUAUUUUCCAUUCCAUAAUCGUUUACAUUUAAUAUCCAUUUUGUUGGCCAUUCUCUCAUGCUGCUCAGUGCCUUAUGUUAGUACAACCUGACAGGCUUAGCCAAGCCUCAAAGUAUAGCAUCUGUUGUUCAACAACAGAGACUAUUAUUAUCACGAACUUUGCACCUGCUGGAGUCUCUCACGCAAGGCCUCUGUGUGUGGGCUUGCCCUCAGCAGGCUCCCCCUGCCCUCUCCCAGCCAUGGGGAUCCAGAUCCAGGGUAUGGAGCUGUUCGCCAUUGGCGUGGUCAUGAUAAUGUUUGUGGCAGUGCUCAAGGGCUUUGGCAUCCUGGAGCCCAUGUCCUCCUUUGAAGACAGUAGUGAGAGUGAUUUGGAGCUGUCUACGGUUCGUCACCAGCCAGAAGGCUUGGACCAGCUGCAGGUUCAGACCAAGUUCACCAAGAAGGAGCUCCAGUCUCUAUACAGGGGCUUCAAGAACGAGUGUCCCAGUGGUUUGGUUGAUGAAGAGACGUUCAAGACCAUCUAUUCUCAGUUCUUUCCCCAAGGAGACGCCACCACCUAUGCACAUUUCCUGUUCAAUGCGUUUGAUAUGGACAGAAACGGCUCUAUUCGUUUUGAGGACUUUGUGAUCGGCCUGUCUGUUCUUCUGAGAGGGACAGUCACAGAGAAACUCAACUGGGCCUUCAACCUGUAUGACAUCAACAAGGACGGAUACAUCACUAAAGAGGAGAUGCUGGCUAUUAUGAAGUCCAUCUAUGAUAUGAUGGGCAGGUACACCUACCCCAGUGUACGGGACGAGGCACCCUCUGAACAUGUGGAUAAGUUCUUCCAGAAAAUGGACAGAAACCGAGAUGGAGUGGUGACCAUUGACGAGUUCAUUGAGACCUGUCAGAAGGAUGAGAACAUAAUGAACUCCAUGCAGCUUUUUGAGAACGUGCUCUAGACCCCAGCAGAACGUUCUACGCCAUACCCCCAACAUCCGAUCCUGUACUUCUGUCUAUACACCAUUUCUGUCCAAUCCCAAAUCACACACACACACACACACACUACAUCUAGUGCAGUAUGUAUAGGAUUAGCUAAUCCACAGAUAUGUACAUGUGUAGAAACUAGUUUCUUUACUGCUGCACUAGUCUCAACCUGCCACUGCUUCUGGACUAAAGAGAACACUAGAGAAAGAGAAGAGAGCUAGUGGGACCUCUGCUACUUUAAAGAUUCUCAGCCUCCCAGAAAAAAGAAAGAAGGACCAAACUGCUCAACACUGCUGAUCCUAUGAGCUUAUAGUACUCUGCCUCCUCAUUGGACCCAAAAGACAAAUGACCAAUCAAAUGAUGGAGAGUGUGAGAGUGGAAAUAGAGGAGAAAAACCCAUCACGAUGUUGCUGGCCUCCAGAUAAGGAUGCUUUAGCUAUAACACACAGUGUCUUGGCACUUACACAUUCUGUACACACACACACUAUCUGUCUGCACUUACACAUGUGGUACACACACACUAUCUGUCUGCACAUAAACAUACUACACACACACACAAUCUCCCCACACUCACAAAUGCUGUACAAAACACACACGCACACACACACCCUUCCCACCCAGCAGAGGCUUGCCAGGAAAGGAUAUCUGUGGACACACUGACACACUUCUCUGAAGAGUAUUUGAGAGAGUUGAUGUAGCGUACAGAAAGCUGGACUGAUCCCGAGCAGGGGCACCGGCACCAAACACCACAGGGACACUAAAAAGAAAAGAACUGAAGCAUGUUUGUCAGAUGUGAUGUGUGAUUUGCUUGCACUAAGAAUUGUUCAUAUUGUACAAUAUGCACCAGAAGAGAAUGCAUUGAUUGUAAAUGUAGAUAGUCCCUGUAGACCACUAAAAAAAAACUUGGUGUGUAUGUAGAUAUGUAUAGACAGUAAUAUAUAAUAAUAGCAUCCUAAAGCCAGGUGUCAAGUUCUCACCUGUACUCCACUAUGGCUUACAGGUGUUAAAGUUAAGGCCAGACAAAAUCUGUGUGGAUGUUUUCUUACCACUUACAAAACACUAAUUCAUAUAAUUGCAGCCUAACACGUUUAAUAUAAGAAUUAUUGGAUCAUUUGAUCCUACAGGUAUCUUGUUUAAUUCCAAGUCAGUUCUGGAGUGUAGAGGUACCCCUACGGUCGGUGGGUUCUAUACCUACUGGUUGCGUCUGGUCAUAGUUCUAAGUGACACAUGGAGGUUCGCUGGUUCUGCUCUGUCACCAACGGACCUGCGAGUCAGAAUAAGCUUUAGAUGUACAGUAUGUCAGUGCCACCUUAUAAUAUGUGUAAUAAUAAUAAGACAGAUAUACUAAGAUGUAUAUGUGUUGUAAACUAAAGCCAUCCUCAGAGGAAUACAGAGUAUACAGCUAGGGCUUGAUCCCUCUUCUUAAUCCCUCAUCAGAGUUUUUGUUUUGUUAAUGACCCAACUGGCACCCUAAUCCCUUUCAAAAGCAGUGCACUAUAAAGGGAAUAGGGUGCCAUGGCCCUGGUCAAAUGUAGAGCACUAUAAAGGGAAUAGGGUGCCAUUUGGGACCUCUACGAUGUCAUGAUCUGAGGUAUGAGCACUGGCCACUAGUGAUGACAUCACUGUACUUACCUAUCCUAAACCAUGAUAAGGUAUGUGUUUGUUGUUGUUGUUGUACUACAUAUAUAUACAGUAGUGAAUACGGGAACAGUGUUCCUGUGGCAUAAAGUGUCAUUACAUUUUCUCAUUGAAACCAGGGACAAUUCUGAGACAGCAAAACUAUACCAUAACUAUACCAUAAUCCUGAUAUGGUAAUACCACCAUUUGUACCUGUAACAUGUUGACUGCUCAGACUGCAGAAAACACAGCCCCAUACCCAGCCCAACCUCAUACCCCCAUACUUAAGCCCUAACUAUAGCCCCUAUCCCAAGGCCCUAUACUGUACCCAGUGGACCUGUUCUAGGAAAUCACAUGUUGUCUCAGAAGUAGAGUGUUGUAACAGAGGUUUUCUCUGUCUCUCCCAUAACAACAUAACUCAUGUGACCUAGCCUAGAACAGAUUAGGUAUGUCCGUGUGUGUGUGGCAUGAAUGAAUGAAACAGACUAGAGACCAGACCAUGGAACUAAAGCAUACACAGACAGCAUGGCCUGGCCUAGAGCGUUCUUUCUCUUUCUCACUCACACACAGAUAAAGUCAUGCAGUAAAACUGAAGGAAACUGGUUAUUGCCCAGUCCACAUUUCAACAGUAGGAGGAUUGCACAGUAUUACAGUGCUUCUGAUGUCCAUAAUACAAUCUGGAGACAUAGUUUUUUAGUAGGCCUACAUUAAAGCAGUAUUGUGUUUCUCCCCCCUCUUGGUAUUGUUUUAGGUGACCUAUUUGGCCAACCUGGAACCAUGUUUAGACGUAACAUAGUAAACUUAAAUCUGCGACACUCCAGUUACUAUGAUAUGUUACAUUUCGUAUGGUAUGUAUUAAUUUGUGGAAUUCCAUCAUCCAUUUCAUGAUAUGUUAUGAUAUGAUAUGCUAUUUGGGGUGGCAGGGUAGCGUGGUUAGAGCG